UAUGGCUUGCAGCUUCGUGAGCUGGGACCGGGGGCAUCAUUAGGACAAUCAUACAGUACCUAGGGUUACAUUUCCUUCUAUUACAUCUUUUCAUAGUACGAAAUGAUUAAGGUCGCAGGUGGAAUGGGACGACGCUGCCUCACAAGGAAAUUGUAACAGGAGACAAGUUUUCCCCGAAGGCUUUCACUAUGAACCCACGAAAAUCAAUACAUGAUUAUUAGUAAAAAGGUAGGUACUAGCAAGAACAUGUCUAUUUAAUUAGGCAAAUUUCUUUCCGUGAUUGAGAGACGAGAAUUCUACCUAUCAAAAUCAUUAUGGCGUCGUUCGCAUCUUUUCUUUCCAUUUUAUUGGCUUGCUUUGGCCUGUCCACAGCAACCUUUAAGAGUGAGCCUGUUCGUCGAGGGGCUUCCGAGAUAUGCCAGGAGCUGAAUUCGACUUUAAGCAACAUCAUAGUCACAAAAAACGAAAAUGAUUACGAGACGCUUAGGACGGAAAACUGGGUUCAGACAGCUUGGGGGGAGCCCACUUGCAUUUUCCACCCUUUAAAUGUCCAAGAGAUACAAACGGUACUGCCUAUACUUGUGAAAUCCAAUGUGAGAUUUGCAGUCCGUUCUGGUGGCCACUCACCACAUCAUGGGUUCGCCAACAUCGAUGACGGAGUACUGAUCGACAUGUCCAACUUCAACGGCAUCAAAUAUGAAGCUGAAAAGGAUAUUGUCACGGUUGGUGUAGGGCUUACCUGGGGUGACUUAUAUACCGAUCUAGAGCAAUAUCAGAUGACCGUUGUAGGCGGAAGAAUAUUGGACGUCGGUAUAGGAGGUCUUACCUUAGGAGGAGGACUCUCUUGGCUUACUGAUCUUUAUGGCCUCGCUUGCGAUAAUGUUGUCAAUUUUCAGGUCGUCCUGGCCGAUGGUUCUAUAGUUAAUGCUAAUAAUGAAACUAAUGUGGACCUUUAUGGAGCUCUCAAAGGAGGUGGCAAUAAUUUCGGCAUAUUAACAGAAGUUACUCUCAUAACCUACCAGUUAGGCCAGGUUUGGGGUGGAAUUAAGACCUAUACUAUCGAACAAUUCCAGGAUCUCAUAACGGCUUAUUCAGAGUACCAAUCUGUAACUGAAAAAGAUCCGUAUGCCAACUUGAUUAUCUUACUUUCGCCAACAAACAAUACUAUCGGGAUAUGGGUUUCUAUGGUAUACCUUAAACCAGAAGAGAACCCAGCUGCUUUCAAGCCAUUCUACUCUAUAAAUACUACGUCUGACAGCACGAGGAUCAAGUCUUAUACGGAAUACCUCGCAGAGUAUGCAGUACCCAAAGAGCAACGAUUUGAUUGGUUUACUACAAGCUUUAAUCUCAACCAAUCUCUAUACACUGAGAUUGCCAAUACCAUAACAACAUCCGAAGUAAUAGAAACUGUUAAAUCCGCGACUGCAGGUUUCAUAGGAAUCACAUGGCAACCUAUAUCCCAGAAUGUGGCUGGGCUUGGAAAGGCCCGAGGUGGCAACAGCCUCGGCCUGCAACCAGUAGCACAAACCUGGCUUGCCACAGCAGUCUCUUGGUGGUGGCCUGAUGACGACGGGAAAGUACAUGGUGCUGGAAACGAUAUGGUAAACGAAAUCGAAUCUGCAACUAUUUCGGCACGAGACCAUUUGUCUUACAAAUUCAUGAAUGAUGCCAGUUGGAGCCAACAGGUUAUAUCUAGCUACGGCGGGGAAAAUGUUAAGAAACUGGAGGAAAUACAGAAAAAGUACGACCCGAAAUCUGUUUUCCAGCAGCUGGUUCCUGGUGGAUUUAAACUACCCAUAGAACCUUGAUGAAUCUUAGCACUGGAAAGUGUCAUACAAACCGAGUAAGGGUGAAUAUCAGGUCAUUGGUCAGGGAAGUAGUAGGUAUGUAGGGACCUACCUACUAUCUCCCUAGGCACUGUUAGCUGAAUACCUACCUGUCUAUCAAAUUACCUCCUAAUGACAUCUAUACAUACACUUGAGAUCUCUACUUGCCAUUCUGCAUACCUUCUUACUAGGUAUAUAGGUACCUAGGGCAAGUUCUAUAUUUAUGAUCGGAAAUUGGAACGCUUCCUCGCUUACGGCGAGAAUGACAUGCAUAAGAAAAAGGAUUAAGACAACAGAUGCGUCCCGUCUGACACUAACAUCACUGGCUAUGGCGGUUGCUAAAACAAGAAAGACACCUCGAGGUCUUUCAAGGAAAAUCCAUGCCAGUUUCGUUACAUACAGUACUAUGUAGUAUAGCGUUGCUGAUCCUGUGUAACCUUGCGUGUAGGUGGUAACAUUCAAAUGGUGAUAGGUAUAUGGAAGGCAAUUAAAUGCGACAAGUGGCGUUUGAUAAAUUAACUCCCCUCUUGCACUCUUGCAUAAUGGAUAGACUACAU